GGCUAUAAAUAGUGGUGCAGGUGUGAGGGCUAUACAUACAAUUCACCAUCUUCUCUAAUCCCAAAAGCCUUCUUCUUCGCCAUAAUCUCAUCCUUGACCAGUUAGAUAUUUGGAAGAUGUCUUGCAGCUGUGGAUCAAGCUGCAGCUGCGGCUCAAACUGCAAGUGCGGCAAGAUGUACCCUGACCUCGACGAGCAGGCCAGCAUCACCACCCAGACCCAGGCCGUGGUCGUCCUCGGCGUGGCUCCUGGGAACAAGGCCGGGCAGUUCGAGAUGGCCGCCGGCGAGUCUGGCGAGGGCUGCAGCUGCGGCGCCAACUGCAAGUGCAACCCCUGCAACUGCUAAGCUUCACGCGCUGUGAUGCAACGCACUUGUGUGAUUGUGUGAGAGUACAUGUACGUAAAUAACAAGAAGCAUCUGACGGAGUCGAGCAAGUACGUGCGCGGUGUGUGUGUCUACUAGCUCGCUCUGCUCUGAUCUGCUCUUUGUGUCGUCCUUCCUUGUGUUUGUGUGUGCCUGUGUCUCUGUAAUUGCUUCAUCUAUCUCCGACCAUGGAGUAUGGAGUGAUGAAUUAAUAUACAGUACAAGAAAGUUAAGUUUGCCUAA